AUGGACACGUCGGCGUUGCGCGAGUUUGCCUUCAAGAAGCUGCAAGAGGCCAGAGAUCGUGGCACGGAGCUGGCGGCCGUGACGGCUGCGCGUGCAGCCUCGUCCAUUUCCAGCUCUGUACCGGUGUCGUCGUCCUUCGUGUUCCGUGCUCAGAGCUCGGUGGGGCAGCAGCAGGAGCUGCCCGUGCCGCUGGAAAAGAAGCUUGAGACGCUUAAAACGUCAAAUGACUCGCUGCGCGCGACGUUGACGGGCACCUCAAACGGGUCGCUGGACGAGAGCAUCUAUAAGCUGGACCUUAUCAACGAGUCGCUAGCGUUUUCAAUCGAAAACAUUCAGGAGGGCUCUCAUGUGAUGAAGCUGCUGAACCGCCAGCUGAAGGACAGUGCCGCUAUGCAGAACCCGAAGCACAAAGCAUUCUAUCAGUGUAGUGAACAGAGAAUAGGACCUCGAAAUUAA